UUCCGCUUCCGGACUGUCGGAGCGAAGGCUCCGGAUUGAAAAAUGGCUGAGGAGAGCGGCUUUGGUGUGAGGAAGCCGGGGAAGAGAGCGAGGCAUUGCUGGCGAUGAAGUUGUCAAGAUUGUUGUGAGCCCAUUUGGAGAGAUGGAUCAGGAAAGCGGGCCAGAAAUGGCCGAGGUUUCACCGGGAAGUGAAAAGAUGCAGUCAGAUGUCUGUGAGCAACAAGCAGAAGGCCAUCAGGACGGAAAAGCAUCUUCGUCAAUAGAGCUUCCUGGAGAUAAUAAAGAGGAAACACCGAGCUCUGAAGCUGUCAGCCUUUUGCCGAAGAUGGAGAUAGGAGAGGUGGGAGACCAUUCUCUGGAUGGGAAAGGCCUGAAGUCUGUGCAUAGUGUGGAGCCGCUCCAAGAGGUCAAGGAAGAGGCUGAGGAGAUGGGACUCAUCAUCCCUCUGGAAGAGCAAGAAGAAGGAGGAGGAAAGAGGAAGAAGCGGAAAGCCACAAAGCGAAAACGGGAAGGAAAAAUCCUUGAGGAAAAUGAAGGACGGCCCUUGGAUUGCGAUCUCAAACUAGAUGACACACUGGACAAGACUUUGGAAGAUGGGGCAAAGCAACACAACUUGACAGCUGUCAAUGUACGAAACAUCUUGCAUGAAGUGAUCACAAAUGAGCACGUUGUGGCCAUGAUGAAGGCUGCAAUCAGCGAGACAGAAGACAUUCCCAUGUUUGAGCCGAAAAUGACUCGCUCCAAACUGAAGGAAGUGGUGGAAAAAGGAGUGGUAAUUCCUACCUGGAAUAUCUCUCCUAUCAAGAAGGCCAAUGAAAUGAAGCAGCCCCCGCAGUUUGUGGACAUUCCCUUGGAGGAAGACGACUCCUCAGACGAGGAGUACCAGCCAGAGGAGGAGGAGGAAGACGAGACAGCGGAAGAGAGCCUGCUGGAGAGCGAUGUGGAGAGCACCUCCUCCUCACCCCGUGGCAUCAAGAGGUCGCGAACAAGGCAGUCUUCGGACAUGGUAGAGACGGAUGAGGAAGGCACUGCACCUUUGGAGGUCGAGAAAGAGGGCACUCCUCCCCUUCAGCGGCACAUUAGCGCGGAGGUUGUGCCGAUGGGGCCCCCUCCGCCCCCCAAACCCCGGCAGAGCAAGGACAGCACCUUUAUGGAGAAACUGCAUGCGGUGGACGAGGAGCUGGCAUCCAGUCCGAUGUGUAUGGAUUCCUACCAGCCCUUGGAAGACAGCUUGAUUGCCUUCCGCACACGAUCAAAGCGGCCCUUGAAGGACGUCCCCCUCGGUCAGUUGGAGGCCGAGCUCCAUGCUCCGGACAUCACCCCAGAUAUGUACGACCCCAACACAGCCGACGAUGAAGAGUGGAAACAUUGGCUUGGGAGCCUUAUGACUGAUGAUGUGGAGAAUGAAGAUGAGGCUGAUGAUGAUGAUGAUCCUGAGUACAACUUCUUGGAGGAUAUGGAUGAGCCAGACACAGAGGACUUCAGGAACGACCGAGCUGUUAGGAUCACAAAGAAGGAAGUGAAUGAAUUGAUGGAGGAGCUGUUUGAGACGUUUCAGGAUGAGAUGGGCUUGUCCAAUGUGGAGGACGAGGGGCCGGAGGAUGAGGAUAGUGCUGCUGAGGCCCGGCCAAAUUUUAACACUCCACAGGUGCUCAGAUUUGAAGAGCCCCUGGCCAACUUGCUGAAUGAACAGCACCGGACGGUGAAGGAGCAGUUGGAGCAGCUGCGCAUGAAGAAGUCUGCAGCCAAGAUGCCUCAGGAGUUGGAGAAGUCCAAGCUGCGCAGUGAAAAGCCGCUGCAGGCUCUGACCCUGGACGCCGGGCAGAGGAAGAGGCUCCAGCAACAGAUGCAGCAGCAUGUGCAGCUCCUGAUGCAGAUCUAUCUCCUGAGCAGCAGCAACCCUAACCUGGGCUCAGAGGCCAACACCACCCGCCUCUUCCUGACGGAACUGGACAGCUUUGCUCAGAGCGCCACACUCCUCGCUCAGCCUCUAGGCCACAAAUUCCAAACUGCCUUCCAGCCAUGCAACCUGAAGGAAGCCCUGCAUCUCAUCACAGAUUUCCAUUCGAACAUCAACAUUGACUGGAGCCCUCGCAAAGCCAUUAAAAAGAAUGUGAAUGACUUUGCUCCCCUGCCAAAGCAAAUUGCAUGGAUCUUGGCCACCAGGAGGGUCUUCAUGUACCCAGAGUUGCUGCCCACCUGCUCCUUAAAGGCCAAAACACCACGGGACAAGAUCGUCUUCACAAAAGGCGAAGACAACCUCUUAGCACUAGGACUGAAGCAUUUUGAAGGGACAGAGUUCCCCAAGCCUCUCAUCAGCAAGUACCUCCUGACCACAAAGACAGCCCACCAGCUGACGGUGCGGAUCAAGAAUCUCAACCUGAACCGGGUCCCUGACAAUAUCCUCAAAUAUUACAAGACGACCAAGCAAUUGCCUGUCCUGUCCAGGCUCUGCGAGGAGGUCCAGCCCAACGAUUGGAAGCCCCCCCUUGAACACGAAGAACACCGUUUGCCCUUUUGGUUGAAGGCCAGCUUACCAUCCAUCCAAGAGGAGCUGGAGAAACUGGCGAGGGAAGCCUCUGCUCCAGGAAGUGAACCUCUCAAGACAGGAAGUGAGCCCGCGGAGCCAGGGCAGGGUCACAAGUAUCCCCUGCACAUGCCAGAGGGGCUGCAAUGGAUGCUCAGGCCCCUGAACAGCUGCUUAUUUCGGAAAACCUGGAGGCGGCAACGGCCGGCCGCUGCCAAGCCCCUCCCUGUCCGGACGGGCCUUUGCUUUCCUCCCGCCGGCAGCAACAACUUUUCCAAAAUGUCUGCCAGGCACCCCCAGCCGGAAGCUCCUCCCAGCAAAGGGUCUGGCCGCGUCCCCCGCUUGAUCCAGCCUGCACCCUUUCUGCAACCUUUGCCCUUAAACCUGCAGCCUGCCCUAGGGAAUGGCGCAAACUUUGAGCUCCAGGGUCUUCUUCCUGCUCGGCAUCCGAACCCUGGGGCCUGCCUGGCUCCCGACGUGGCCCAGAACAUAAUUCCCACUCUCCCCGUCACCUUUCAGCCUAAAAUGAUGCUCCCGGUGCUGAGAGUCCGGAAGCCGGGACCCGUUAGGGGAUAUCAGAAGAAGAAGGCCCCCCUCCGAGCCGCCCCGUUGCUCAAGCCUGCUCCGUUGCUCCAGCCGACGCCUGUCAUCUUCACCGUCCCGACCGGGGCCGUCAACGUGGUUGGGAUUGCCAAUGGUUGCAACGUGUUGGCUGCAACCCCAACAGGGAGAUCUCCGCAACCCAUUCCCAUCACCACUCUGCUGGUCAACCCUGCCCCUUUCCCUUGCCCGCUGAACCAACCACUUGCGGUCCCUUCCGCUCCUUCUUUAGUGGUCGCGCCUACCUCUGCAUCUCCCAUCGCCUCCACAGCCGUGACAGUGGCCAAUGUCAUGGCACCGGUGGCAGGUCCCAUUCUGGUGGAACCUAAAGCAGAGCCACAAGAACCAUCCCCUUGUGCUGCAGCCUCAUCCAAGGAGGACAACAUACUCUGGUCCUCUGAUCCCAACAAAGAGGGUCCUGUCCAGACUUCUGUGGAGAUGACAGAAGAGAAAGCAGCCCCGUGUCCUUUCUCCCUUUUGACAACGGGAGGAGAGAUAGAAAAGGUCAAAGACGACGCUAGUGAUGCCCCUCGUGAAGCUGUCCUUGUUCCAGAGAUACCAAGCUCUUUGGUCCCCCUGCCGAAAGAAGACGUGGUGCUGGAUCUUGGGCAGGAGCUGGACAUUGAGCCUCCGCCUGAGUCUGCCGAGGAGCCCAAGGAGAAUCCAAAGAAGCAAGGCUCCAGCGAGAAAGGGAAGGGAGACCUAGGCUCCCCUGAGCCACUCCCUGUGAGCAAAGAAAGAACCACUUCUUCCAAAGAUUCCUGCAGCGCUACUGAGUCUGUAUCCUCCCGAUUAAAGCCAGAAGGUGGGUCCAGUCUGCCAGUCAGCCAGGAGACGUCCGGGGAGAAAGAUGGACCGGAGGAGGAGGAAGAGGAGGACUUUGACGAUUACAUCCAUGACGAGGAAGAUGAGGAGAUGUCCUCGGCUUCAGAGGAGUCUGUGCUUUCUGUGCCGGAGCUUCAGGAAACAAUGGAGAAGCUGACCUGGCUUGCAUCUGAGAGGCGCCUGAGCCAAGAGGGUGACUCAGAGGAAGAGAAUUCCCAGGAGGAGAACUCUGAGCCUGAGGAAGAGGAGGAGGAGGAGGAGGAAGGAGAAGGGGAGAACCUGGAGAGUCUGCAGAAGGAGGAUGAAAUGACGGAUGAAGUGACCAAUUCCGCAGACAGGCCUGCGUUGUCUCUUACCUUGACCUGCACUGUCCCAGAAGUGGAGCCCAGUCGCUCCCCACCAGGGGAAAACGCCAAAGCGCCUGGGAAAAGCCGGAACUCCUAUCGAAGUCGGGCCAAGCGAGGCCGGUCUCGCGCCAGCAAGGACACCUCCAAGCUGCUGCUUCUCUGUGAUGAAGACAUCCUGGAGCGAGAUCCUUUGCGGGAGCAGAAGGACUUAGCCUUUGCACAGGCCUACCUCAGUCGGGUGCGUGAGGCCUUGCGGAGUGUGCCAGGGAAGUAUGACGAGUUUCUCCGCAUAAUUUAUGAGUUUGAGAGCAAUGCUCAGAAGCAGACGGCCGUCGACCUCUAUGCACGGCUGCGGAGUGUGCUGCAGGAAUGUCCCCAGCUGCUCACGGACUUUGCAGCCUUCCUCCUGCCCGAACAAGCCCUGGAGUGUGGCCUGUUUGAGGAGCAGCAAGCUUUUGAGAAGAGUCGGAAGUUCCUUCGGCAGCUGGAGAUCUGCUUUGCUGAGAACCCUUCUCACCACCAGAAGAUCAUCAAGGUCCUGCAGGGCUGUGCGGAGUGCCUGCCUCAGGAGAUUAUGGAGCUGAAGACCCAGAUGUGGCAGCUGCUGAAAGGUCACGAUCACCUGCAGGACGAGUUCUCUGUUUUCUUUGAUCACUUGCGCCCUUCCGCCAGCCGCUUGGGAGACUUUGAGGAGAUUAACUGGACAGAGGAAAAGGAAUAUGAGUUUGAUGGGUUCGAAGAAGUCUCCUUGCCAGAGGUAGAAGAAGAGGAGGAACCCCCCAAAAUGCACACAGCCUCAAAAAAUAAGAGGAGGAAGGAACUCGGAGGCCAGAACACUGACAAGGAGCCUGAGUGGGCCGAGGGGACGAAGGAAUGCUUCUGCUCAUGCCAUGAGGGCACCAGCGACCUCCGGAUGAAGCGGAGCAAGCGAAGGGGUUGCAGCCAUUGCAGCAACAAGGCAGCGGAUGGCAAGUUCUUCAAACAUAAAGAUCCCCAGGAGCUUGCAGAUGGCCUUGGCCCGCAGGACGCGAGUCUCUGCCCCGAAGGGAAGGAUCCUGUGGAGGAGAGAUUGGAGCUGAGGGAAGAUGGGGAGCUUCCCCAGAACAGGAUGAGAUCAACGCCCAGGAGAGCAGAUCCUUCUGGAGCAGGGCCUCGUAUGGAAGGAAAGCCAUCCUCUUGCAAAGAAGUCUCUUUGGAAGGGAAGACCCUGCCUUGUGUCCAGGCUUCUGAGCUGUGCUCUGUGCCAGACCCCCCUCCCAAUUUAAAGAAGGCUGGCAAUGUGGGCAAGCAGCCCGCUACUACGAUUGCUACCUCCACCUCCCCACUGAGAGCACCUCAACCCAAAAGUAGCUCCACCGGAGUGGAAAGUGAAGUUAAAGUCAGCCUGAGGAGUGAAGAGGCCUCCUUGGGCCUUUGCAGAGACAUUUCGGAGCCUGCGACAUGCGGAGCCACAAGUCCGCAGCCAAGUUUUCCACUCGACAAAAAACGGACAGAGGAACCCAUCCCUUCCUCUCAGGCACUUCUCCAGGACACUGAGAUGGAGAGCCAGCCUUCCUCUCUGGAGAUGAGGGCUUCGCACUCCGAAGACCCCUCAGUGGCCACAAAUGGUGGCUUGCAGGCUCAAGCAGAAGGAUCUACUGCGGGAUUGGGUGCAAGUGGCUGCUCACAGGAGCUUUCGCCAACAGCCGGAAGUAGAGAAGGCUCCACCUUGUUGCAGAGAGCGGUCGAAGCCACGGUCUGUGCCAAGAACAUCAAGGUCAGCUCCACCGGAGAGAAGGUUGUCCUAUGGACCAGAGAAGCCGACCGGGUCAUUCUGACCACUUGCCAGGAGCGAGGAGCCACGCCGGACACCUUCGGGGCCAUCUCACAGCAACUGGGCAACAAAACAGCAGAAGAGGUUGCCCACCGGUUCAGGGAGUUGAUGGCUCUCUUCCACACGGCCUGCGACAUCAGCUCCGAGGACGAGGACGACGGCCUGAGUGCUACCAACACAGACCAGCUGUCAGAUAAAGAUCCGGUCCUCUCUGAGGAGGAGCAGGAGGAACCAGGCUUUUAGGCACCCAAGGAGCAAGAGAUCUUUGGAGAAAGAGAGAUUGUUGUCUCUUGUAAAGCACACUUGAAGCCGCCUUCAAAGACAUUCCCCUCCUCGUCCCUUUUUUAAAACGGCAAGGAGGGAAGGAAGUUCUGCAGAGAACAACUGAUGUAAAUAUUUCAAUGGUAGGAAAAUGAAUAAAUGGUCUUUAGUGA